AUGUCAAGGCUAUCCAGGGUCUGGCAACGACUCCGCUUCGCUACGCUAACCGACCGAUCCGCUCGAUUUUUGUGGAACGGAUGGGUGGGGUUUAUCUUCGGUGCACUCCUUGGGUACCUGCUAACCGCUAACCGAUCCCCGUUAUACUAUAGUGCACUCCGUGACGAGCCGCGCUAUUGGAUGAAGGAACACCCCAAAACCGACGCGCCAGUUUCUAAAGGGAAGCCGUGUCCAACUAUCGCCCCUCAAAUUGAACACCACGCGAAAGAAGAAAACGUAGAGGUCGGGUGGCCACGCGUUUUCUGUCUGAUCAACACCAUGCCCGGCGCCAGGAGUCGCGCCAAGGCGCGCGCCAUCAAUGCUACUUGGGCCCGGCAUUGUGACGGCCAUGCCUUCAUGACGCCGUUUGUCGACCCGGUGGCCGAGGCUGGAAUCUCGCCAUUCUGGGAGCUGAAAUUCGGCAACGCCACGCACGAUACGAGGAACUACAUCUGGAUCUGGGACCGAAUCCGUUUAGCCAUCCGCCGUGUCCACGCUGAACUCUUGAACGACUACGACUGGUUCCUGAAAACGGACGACGACACGUUCUUUGUCAUCGAGAACCUGAAAGAUCGCCUGAAAGGCCACGACCCGGACGCGCCCUUUUCACUAGGCGCCCUGCUCAUCAAUAUGGAAAAAGUAUAUCCAUCGAACUUCACCUAUGCGAGCGGCGGGUCUGGAUAUAUUAUGUCUCGCGGGGCAAUAAAAGCUUUCGUCUCAGUGAUGGACGAUGGCACAAAAUGCCGAAACACUACUUAUUUUCAUGAAGAUACCGAGGUUGGCUGGUGCCUGAAAAAACGCCGGCGUUACCCCGCUGGAAGCUGUCGACGAGAUCGGAAGGCACAUGAUGCUGCCAAUCGACGUGGCCGCCAUCGUGGACCCGGAAAACUCGACAAAUGUUGUAGAUCGUGCCUGGGGCACCCAGGCAUCCUUCCGAAAACUAAAAGAGGGCCCCGAAUGUUGCAGCAAACGCCUGAUCUCCACCCACCACAUACCAAAGGUGCUGCUCUCCACGUAUUACUAUUUCACAACCGCACGAUUCACACUACUGACAAGGAAACGGCCUUCGAGAAGAUGUGCGCUGAUCGCACAGAAGUUGCCCGUGCGCGGGCCGUCGUCGAAUUGGAGGCGAUGCUGCACUAUUGGCUGGAGGAUCGGAUCGAGAAGCUGGCCUGUGCGGAGAAGAAGGCGGAUGUCGGGAUUACUCCCGUGUCUCCGUGCCAAUUGCUCGCUGGCCUGCCGUAUGAGACGAUCGCCCAGUACCUCGACACCGAUAUUGUCGAUCUAAAUGAGAUCGCCAAACUCAAAUGGGAGACGACCAUCCCGGACGCGAAAAAAGCCUUGGCGGCCGCCGAGACGCGACUAUUCGAAGCGAGCAGGAUGUUUGAUUCCUUGAUGCAACGGGCUCGAGAAAUCGCGCAUGCGGAUACGGCGAGCACGAAGACUUUGAGGGAGCUCUGCCUUGACGAGGCCGGUUUCAUGCCGUCGAAUGGCGUUCUCCUUCUGGGCCCUCUGCAAGACCCAUCCGGCCCGGUGUCGACCCUGCGCGUCGCUAGCGACGAUAGCUUCACGAUGAUUCCACCGGAUGCGGAUACCUCAAUUUCGACCGUCUGGUCAACGUCUUCAUCUUCUGCCAGCACAACACUAUUCAGUGACUCGGAGAUGGGGGAGCAGGCGGCUGAAGCUGAUCGCCUCGACGGGCCGCACGAGGGGACGCCAUGCCGUGGCAGU